ACCGUUAAAGCGAAAUGGGCCGUUACUCGGUUGCUGAAACUCUACAACUGCGGCGAAAAGGAGAUAUGGCUAAACACCAGCGCUCGCCUCGUUAAAGCCUUUUUCAGAUUUCUCAUCGGUUUAACAUUAUCGUUUUACUAAAAUUAAACCCUGGACCCUGUGGUCUGAUAGAAGCGCCGACCAGAUAAAGGGGGACUCUGUUGGGGGCGUUUCGGUGCCCGUUUGGAUCGGGAUGAUCUCCAACUGCGGGGGGUGAUCUCUGUGUUUAAACUGUGGGGUGGCAUCAGUAGGAUGAGCUGCCACUAAACCCAUGAAGUCUGACGCACACUGCUACAAAUACAGCAGUCGAUGCAGUCUUCCAGAGGCUCCCCCUGGCUGAAAAACCAGCAGCAACAGCAGCAUGUCCCGCGUCUCCUCCACCCCCAAACGCUAUGCUGGCUCCUCCUACACCAGCCACUAUAGCUCCUACAGCCCCUCCCUGACCCCGGGCCUCAGCACCUAUAGCGAGCGGGACCGGCUGUCCACCUAUAGGUCCCCCAACUCCACUUCCUCCUCAGGAUACUCGUCCAGCUACCUGAGCAGCUCCGCCGCCCGCGGCCGCAACUACAGCGCCUCCUCGGACCCCGAUAGAGACCGGGGUCGAACUAUCCCUCGCACCGACAUCCUCGGGAGUAGCAGCAGCAGCAGCAGCAUUAACAGCCGACGGAGUGAGAGCCUCAGCAGAACCCCCGUCAAGAGCUACGGAUCUUCAGGUCUGAGUGGGGGGUCCGCCUACUCAGGCUACAGCUCCUACCAGUCCAACUACCUCGCUUCUCCACCGUCGGCCUCCAGCAUCUCACUCAACAGAAGAAAGUCUGUCUCCCAGAGUGACCUGAGCAGGGACUUGUCCUCCCUGAGCCUCAGAGAUGCAUCCUCCUCCUCCACCCCAUCCUCCUCCACCAGUGCCCUACGUAGCUACCACAGUCGAACUAAAGACGUGCCCGAGUCGUAUGACAUAGGCUCCAGAUCGGGCAGCUCGAGCCUGUUGCGGAGCUCCACUCAGGAGGCCUUCAGUAGCAGCAGCAUCAACAGAGCAUAUAGCUCCUCGACAUGGGAACCAAGCAGCAACGGGAUGUCUGACACCCCGCGCAGGAAUUCCACAGUGAACCUCAUCAGCUUAUUCAAGUCAGUGUGCACCUCUCCAUGGUGGUGGAUUUGCUGCUGCAGGACAUAUGAGCACCAGACAGCUGUACCACAUAUUGUUUCUCAGCCAAGACCAGUACAAAAUAACUCAAAGAGUGCCCAAGGCCUGGUUGGAUUGAAGAACUUAGGAAAUACUUGUUUCAUGAACAGUAUCCUGCAGUGUCUGAGCAACACACAGAGCCUGCGUGACUACUGCCUGCACAACUCGCACCGCAGAGACCUUAACAACAACAGCCGCACCAACACAGCCCUCAUGGAAGAAUUUGCUAAGCUGAUCCAGAUCAUGUGGACGUCGACCAGCAGUGAGGCGGUCAGCCCGUCUGAAUUCAAAACACAGAUCCAGAGAUACGCUCCCAGAUUUGUAGGAUACAACCAACAGGAUGCUCAGGAGUUCCUGCGCUUCCUGCUGGACGGCCUGCACAACGAAGUCAACAGGGUCACUGUGAGGCCGAGGGGCACCAUGGAGGACUUUGACCACCUGCCAGAUGAAGAAAAGGGGAAGAAGAUGUGGAGUAAAUAUUUGGAAAGAGAGGAUAGUAAAAUAGUUGAUGUGUUUGUGGGGCAGCUGAAGAGCUCCCUGACCUGCAGCCACUGUGGCUUUUGCUCCACUGUGUUCGAUCCCUUCUGGGAUCUUUCUCUGCCUAUCGCAAAGAAGGGCUACGGCGAAGUGAGUCUGAUGGACUGCAUGCGGCUCUUCACCAAAGAGGACGUCCUCGAUGGGGAUGAGAAGCCGACAUGCUACAGAUGUAAAGCCAGGAGGAGGUGCACAAAGAAGUUCACAAUACAGAAGUUCCCCAAGAUUCUAGUGCUGCACCUGAAACGCUUCUCUGAGGCACGACGAACCAGCAAACUGUCCACCUUUGUUAACUUCCCCAUGAAGGACCUCGACCUUCGAGAGUUUGCCUCUGAAAACAGCACAAAUGCAGUAUAUAACUUGUAUGCAGUGUCCAACCACUCAGGCACAACCAUGGGAGGUCACUACACAGCCUAUUGUCGCAAUCCCAGCUCGGGAGAAUGGUACACCUUUAACGACUCCAGAGUAACGCCAAUGUCGUCCAGCCAAGUGCGCAGCAGCGACGCCUAUGUCUUGUUCUACGAGCUGGCUACGUCCUCACGGAUGUAAGGACUCCUGAAGGACAUGGCUCCGCUUUGGCUGUCGCACAGAUGGACGAACAUUUAUAUUUGGACAUUAGUUCCUCACAAACACAUAUGAUGACUCCCCACCUAGCAACCGAGAAGCUGCAGCUGGAGAGAACACCAUGGACUCCACAGGAACCCGAUCCACCAGCUCUGUUCUCUGUGUCUGUUCUUACUGCUGUGUCAUGCUCAUCUUGACUGCAGGCGUGUGUUUACUGUGUGCGUAUGUGUGUGUGCAGCAAAAAAACAAAAAACAGGGCAAUAACCCCAAUGCACCAACCAACCAGGUGAACCCAUGUCAGAAGUUCCUCUCUAUGCACUGCAAACCAAACUCUCAUCCUGACUGCGCCUUCAACUCUUCUUAAUCUUCUCGUUUGCCUCAGAUGAUUAAACGUGACUUCUUGCAUUGUUUUUCCUUUGAGUACGUUUGUUUUUCAUUCAGGGCAAGGGGGGUAUUAGCACAGCACCAUGAGCAUUAUUACCACUUUGAAAUGUGGUUAAACUUUUCUUAGAGCGACUGGAACAGAGAUGGUUAGGGUUACAGCUGCUUGGUUCUCCCACAGCGCCCCCUUUUUCCCUCCCACUGCACUGCAGCACUCCCAUGACUAUCAGCAUCUUCUUCACUUUGUCGCUAACAGCGGUCGGGAGGGCCGGAGGCUCUGUGAGCAUUAAAUGUUUCACUUGUAUUUUAUUUCUUUUGUUUCUCCCACGUGUGGCUGCUACUGAUGCUUUACAAAGUGCUGUGAAUGAAUGGACGGAUGGACGGUCCAGUGAAGCUCUCGCAAGGAUUGGGUCAUGGAAACAAUAAUAAUGGUAACAAUCCUCAUCAACAGGGAUUGGCUCUUUUCUUCCUCUCUUGUUUCAUACCAUUGAACAACACAGAAAGAAUGUUUUCAAGAAGACGAAACACUAGAUCUGUAUAUUUUUAUAUCUUGAUGCAAUAUAGAGAAUGUACUAUUCAAUGGUGCUGAAAAUGACCCAUAACUGUUUUCAGUUGGUUUAUUUACCAGGUUUCAAGAGAGAAAAAAAAGUUCUUAUUUAUGCUUACAAGUGAUGAUGUGAUGAGUCACACUUUUUAACAGUGGCAGUAGUAUAUAAAUACAUAUAUAUAUAAAUAAAAGUCGACAACACAGUG